GGCGCCGAGGGGACUGUUUGCUCCUACGGGCUGUAGAUGGAGCUGUCCGGCCCCGGCGAGGGGGAAGGCGCUUGGAAAACGUUCUUCCUCUGCCUGGCCGGCCCGAGCGGGGAACAGCGCUCCCAGGAUGCAGUUUGUGUCAACACGGCCGCAGCCUCAGCAGUUGGGCAUCCAGGGCCUGGGGCUGGACAGCGGGAGCUGGAGCUGGGCCCAGGCGCUGCCCCCCGACGAGGUCUGCCACCAGGAGCCGGCGCUGCGCGCGGAGAUGGCCGAGGGGAUGCCGCCCAUGCAGGCUCAAGAAUGGGACAUGGAUGCCCGGCGACCGAUGCCUUUUCAGUUCCCACCCUUCCCAGACCGGGCCCCUGUCUUCCCUGACCGCAUGAUGCGGGAGCCACAGUUGCCCACGGCAGAGAUCUCGCUGUGGACCGUGGUGGCUGCCAUUCAGGCCGUUGAGCGCAAGGUGGAUGCCCAGGCCAGCCAGCUGCUGAACCUGGAGGGCCGCACAGGGACGGCCGAGAAGAAGCUGGCCGACUGCGAGAAGACAGCCGUGGAGUUCGGCAACCACAUGGAGAGCAAGUGGGCCGUGCUGGGGACCCUGCUGCAGGAGUACGGGCUGCUGCAGCGGCGGCUGGAGAACCUGGAGAACCUGCUGCGCAACCGGAACUUCUGGGUGCUGCGGCUGCCGCCGGGCAGCAAGGGCGAGGCCCCCAAGGUUCCGGUGACUUUUGUGGACAUUGCUGUCUACUUCUCCGAGGAUGAGUGGAAGAACUUGGACGAAUGGCAGAAGGAGCUUUACAACAACCUUGUGAAGGAAAACUACAAAACCCUGAUGUCCCUAGAUGCAGAGGGCCCCAUGGCCAAGCCAGAUGCUCCGGCCCCAGUGGAGACCAGGGAAGAGCCUUGUGUGUGGGAGCAGCGUCACCCUGAAGAGAGAGAGAUCCCAGUGGACACGGACACAGGAGCAGAGCCCCUGGUGCCUGCCCAGGACGCAUCCUCCCAGGUAAAGCAAGAGGAAGUCCUGUGUACACGUGGGCAUCGGGCCCUGGAGGACAGAGCCAUCCCCACGGAAUCCAUCACUGACUCCCCCAUCUCUGCCCAGGACCUCUUGUCCCGGAUUAAGCAGGAGGAGCCGCAGUGUGUGUGGGACCAGCAGGAUUUGGCAGAGAGAGAUAUUCCCACCGACCCCAACUCAGAGUCUCUUAUCUCAGCACACGACAUUUUGUCCUGGAUCAAGCAGGAGGAGCAGCCGUACCCAUGGGGCCCUCGAGACUCAAUGGAAGGAGAGCUUGGGCUGGACUCUGGCCCCAGUGACAGCCUGCUGCUGGUGAAGAACCCGCCCCCAGCCCCGCCGCAACCCCAGCCCCAGCCGCAGCCGCACCAGCACCCACAAAGCCUGCCUGCGCUGGCAGUGCCCGAGACCCCAGGCGGCCCCACCAGCCGCGCGGUGCUGGACGAGGGCUUCCGGGUGCUGCCUGGGGAGCGGGGCACGGGCGAGGCGCAGCCGGGCGCGGAGGGCGGCGCGGGCGGCGGGGGCCCCAGUGGUGGUCCUGGGGCUGGGGGCAGCUGCGGCAGCUGCUGCCCGGGCGGCCUGCGGCGGAGCCUCCUGGCGCACGGUGGCGCGCGCAGCAAGCCCUACUCCUGCCCGGAGUGCGGCAAGAGCUUCGGGGUGCGCAAGAGCCUCAUCAUCCACCACCGCAGCCACACUAAGGAGCGGCCCUACGAGUGCGCUGAGUGCGAGAAGAGCUUCAACUGCCACUCGGGGCUCAUCCGCCACCAGAUGACGCACCGUGGCGAGCGGCCCUACAAGUGCUCGGAGUGUGAGAAGACCUACAGCCGCAAGGAGCACCUGCAGAAUCACCAGCGGCUGCACACGGGCGAGCGGCCCUUCCAGUGCGCGCUGUGCGGCAAGAGCUUCAUUCGCAAGCAGAACCUGCUUAAGCACCAGCGCAUCCACACAGGCGAGCGGCCCUACACUUGCGGCGAGUGCGGCAAGAGCUUCCGCUACAAGGAGUCGCUCAAGGACCACCUGCGCGUACAUGGCGCGGGCCCCGCCCUCGGCGCCCCCCAGCGGCAGCUCCAGCCGCCGCCCGAGCGGGACUAGGGCUGGGCGGGGGCGGCGAGGGCUCCAGGGCCUUGCCGCCCUCUCCCCGCCGCCACCCGCUGGGAUUGCACUCCAGACAGGGUCCCCGGAGGGCUGGGCAGGGGUACCCCAGACCUGUCCAGCCUGAAUGCACAGCCCAGAGCAUCUCCUAGAGCGGCCCGGGAAGGUGCCAGAGGAACAGCCGGGGGUGGGGGGCAGUGGACGUGCCCCCUCGGACCACCUGGCCACAGGGGACCCUAUGGACCACAGGGGCUGCAGAUGUGAUGGGGAAGCAACUGUGGAGUCUGGACACGGCCUGAUAUAAGUCCGACCCUAAGGGCGGGUCGGAGGCAUCCUGGAGAGGGAAGCGAAGGUGCAGUGAAUGGGCAGAGGCACAUGCUAAGAGUACCGUCCACGCCAGGAUGACACUGCCUCGCCUUUCAGUCGCGCUUUGUACUUUUUAAAAAGUGUUUUCUAUCCGUUAUCUCUUCAUCCUUAGCCUUUCCCUCUGUGAGAGGUGGGGUAGGGUGUUCCUGACGUGAUAACUGAGGAGAGGGAGACGCAGGGAACAUGAGUUCCCCAUGAUGACCCCAAAAGGCCAUGGCGGGGUCCCGACGGUGCACACUGCCUACCUCCGACCUCCAGGGACUACUCUGGCCCGGCCUUCCCGGUCUCCUCCCUUUCCUCUACUUGGCCACCCCUCUCCUCUCAGACAUCAGGGGCCAAUUCCUGGGGUUACUGGGAACAAGGAACAGACUGGCUACAAAAAUGCCCUGGUGAGGCACCUGGGCAGUAGCGCCCUGUCCUCAGGCCUGCCCGCCACCUCCAGCCCCUGGCCCUCAAUCUGGUGCAGCGCCGGCUUCUCACUGCACACACAGUAGGGCUCUGCCCUUCAGAGGCAGCGGUGCUCCGGGUCCAAACAGCCAUCAAGGAAUGAGUCUGCCCAGGAGAGCCGGGCAGGGGUGCUAGCGUCUGAGCCCAGUCUCUAUCCUGCCCUGGGUCUCCACCUGGUGCUAUCUGUUCACUGACCAUGUUUGUGUACAUGGACACAGACCCUACUAUGCUCUGCCCCUGCAGGCGCCUUGGGAAGUGCCCAAAGGACUCCCUUUCCCAUUGGUGCAUUGCUCUGUGACUUGGGGCAUUGUGGCCCCAGGGGCCACAGUUUCCAUUUCAGCGUCUUGCAUGGCCAGACACUGGAGUGGGGUGGCAUGCCCCAGGACCCUUGUUUGUGUCAAAAAUGGCUUUUCCUGCUUUUCCCACGGAUCCCGCUUCUCUCCCAGCCCAGGAGUGCAGUGGGCAGCCACCACUCGGUGGCACUGCAUCCAUGGUGACACCACGUCUGUGAGCCCCCUGCUUCUGUCCUCAUCUGCGCUGCUCCACCUUCCUCAGACCCCCCCCUUUUUUUUUUUGCUGUGCAAAGGGAAUUCCUGAAAUUAAAUAAAAGGUAUCCAGAUUGCAGACUGCAUGUUCACCGAGCUGGAGGGUUUUCCAGCGUGGCACCCUACAGUAAAGCCUCAAUGAACUGGAA